AUGCGGGCUUUUGUGCUGAGUUGUGUCAUUGCACUGGUUCUCUCCGUCUCGAGUGCCGUUGCAGCAUCGACGAACGCACAGCGGCUGGCUCGUGGCUUGCCAGUUUUGCCUCCCAAGUUUGGCCGCGCUCUGCCAGGUUAUGCAUGGACACCAACAGCAGCUGGAGCGAGGCAAUCCCCGUCGCCUUCGUCGCCUAAGAAGUGCACUGGUCGGAUCCUGGUCAAGAGAAAUGAUGGCGAGUCAUUAGGACACUUAUAUAACUGGGCCUCAGGAAUCUCAGAAAUGGCGUCAACUUUGGUGCCCCAAGCGAGGACCUGCAUGUAUCGUUCACCAGGCCUCUAUCUGGAAAAGGGCUUAUCGACAUACAGGGACUCCGCAUCUCCUGAAUCUUGUUAUAUCGGGACGACGAGCAACGACACUCUUGCCCCUGGUUCCCCAACAGCUGUCGGCUUUGGCAACGUCAUCAGAACACCUGUACAUUCCCCACCCGUCCCCGUGGGCCAUAAUCAGGCGGACGAGUCGGCCAUUUGGACAUUUGAUCCAAAAACUAAUGAAUUGAAGGUGCACUACGUCAAUCUCAACGGCCAUAAAGCAAAUACGAUCAUCGCUUAUAAGGCCUAUGACAACACGAUAUUUUUUGUCGGUGACAUCGGCACCUAUAAUGCUGCCCAAGUCAACCCCGAUUACAAGGUCUCACCUGUUACCUUUUACCUUGACGUUUAA